GCUCGCAAAGAUAAGAUUGCGUUUGCCAUUCGAAUGUUUCGUUCUGAGAGUAACCCGUACAUCUUCUUAAUUUCAUUCUUGUAAGGUUAACAAAAACAAGAGAAUAGUCCAAUUAUACUGAGACGUAAUAAAUGUACUUCAUAAAUGUCAUAUUUCAGUUUCACUAGCUGGAGUUGGAAUGUAUUUUAUUCGGUUAGCUGCAGUAUUAGCCAGGUUAAGGUGUAGGCUACAAUAUUUUUUUCUGAACCAUAGAGAAAAUCCUCUAGUGAACAACACAACCAUAAUACUAUUAUAACGACAGUGACCCAGAAAAUUUUAAAAUUUCAUUAGUGUUCAUACAAAUCCCUUGUGUGAGAUAGUUAACUACCCAAUCACAAGAAAAUCCUGGGUAGAAACUAGCACUUGCCACUACUGCACGGUGCAACUUCGGGUGACCUAAUCAUACUAAUGUGCAGUGUCAUGGACUGAUUUUAUUUAUCGUUUUCUAUCUUGACAGCCUAAGGACUUAGUUAACGCGGAAUUCAGCAGUUUUAAGAAAUUUUGGUUCAUGCGAAGGGUCUGAUAAACAAUGAUUUGACAUCAGUCCUCAAUUAUGUCUGACUGAGAGUAUCUUAUACACUGGACAGUGAGCAUAACUGAGCAAUGCUGCUGGGAUACCUACAUCUCAAAUACGUAACAACAGAAAAUGAUGAGAGGUUGCCAUGAAGGUCAAGUCUUGCUUUUCUAAAUGGAAACUAAAAUUGAUUAACCAAAUGAUUGUUUGCGUAAUGAUGGCUCACAUAACAUGGUGGUUACUGACUCAAUUAUGUUGGUUGGAUGUCGAAAAUAUCAUGGAAGAUGCACCAUUCAGAGACGAACAUCCAUUGGUACAACUGGUGUUGCUGGUGCGCAACAAGGCUCCAGUUCUUCCAUAUGUACUGAGUCACAUUCACGCUCUACAAUAUUCAAAGAGGCGCAUUAUCCUCUACAUUCGCGCAGAUCACUGCCAUGAUCGCUCUAUAGAUAUCCUGCAGGACUGGCUUCAUCAUGUUGCUCAUGAGUACAACAAAACUGAUGUGGCUCUUGAUCAGACAAAACGCAAGUUCCGUGGCGAUGACAAUCCUAGAAUGUAUUCUAUACAGUCCUACAAACACGUUAUAAAACUCAAGGAAGAUGCCAUGACCUAUGCCAAAGAUAAUAAUGUAGACUAUGUCUUAUUGUUGGAUGCCGAUGUGAUCAUCACAUACUCGAAUCUUAUUGAUCAUCUAAUAUCACAGAAUAAAACGAUUGUUGGACCACUUGUCCGAUUUUCCACGAGCGAAUACGAAGGCAACAUAUGGCCAAAGUUGAGCAAAGAUUUGUGGCGAGAUACAUGGAAAUUUGACGAGUUGAAUCUCACGAGCGACAAUGAAAUGGAAUUAGGCUAUAGGAACGUGAAGCUGUGCACAAAAGUGGCUCUCGUUCAUUCCUGCUUACUAAUUAACAUGAGAAAAUCUUUUGUUGAGAAAUUGACGUUUGAUUACCUAAAGCUUGGACACACUGGCAAAGGAGGCAAGAUUUUAGAUGAUCUAGUUAGCUUUGCUGUGUCUGCUGAAAAUGCAGGCAUCGAUAUGAUCGUUUGUAACAUGGAAAAUUACGGCGUUCUGCUACCGUAUACAUCAGGACAGACGGAUGAAAUGUUUGUGCGUGAAGUCGAGGACAUGCUUGUGAAGGCUGUGAACCCUAGGAGCUCUUGGCAGUCUGAUACUGCCAUCGGCUAUGGUAAAACUGAACGAGACUUCCACAAGCUCAACAUCGAUGAAAUAUAUUACAUUAAUCUUGAUCGUCGCCCAGAGAGGAGGAAAUCUAUGGAGUUCAAGUUUCGUAUCCUCCGACUCGGACCCGUAAAGCGAAUACCUGCAGUGGACGGCAGGCAACUAGAAGAUUCUUAUCUUAUUGAACGCAAUAUUAAAGCAGCAGAAGGCUACCGUAAUACAUUCGAUGAUUCUGAGUUAACCAAAGGCGAAAUCGGGUGCUUCAUGAGCCAUCAUCAAAUCUGGGAAGAUGUCGUUUCAAGGAAUUUGUCCAAGGUACUCGUGUUUGAAGAUGACUUUUCUUUCCACUCGGGAUUUCCAAGCAAAGUGGAAGACAUUUUGUCUGAAUUGAAGAGAUUACGUUUAUCUUGGGACAUCAUCAGCCUCUCGCGGUUGGGUCAACGCUACGAAAUGGAGACGAAUGUGAGGAAAAUGGCAGUUUAUGCUUAGGUCAAGUCUUAGGUCAACAAAAUUUGUGAAUUUGUUAUUUGAAUUGAAAUAUAAAUGCGUU